UGUGUGUGUGUGUGUGUGUGUGUGUGAAUGUGUGCAUGUAUAUAUCUGUAUGUUUGUGUGUGAAUGUGUGCAUGUAUAUAUCUGUAUGUUUGUGUGUGAAUGUGUGCAUGUGUGUGUGUGUUGGUUUUUGUGGUUUACGAGGACUUUUGACCUGAAUACGCACCAGCAUUACAGGGACAUUUGGGUUUAUGAGGACAGGGACCAUGUCCUUAUAAUUCCGACAGUGUAGAUGCCUUUCUCUAUGUCCCAGAAGCUCCCUCUCAAAGUUUCGCGCCAUGUCCUUACAUACCACAAAACCCUGAAAUUUUACUAUACACAGUGUAUCCUCUGAGCUCGAGAGUGCGCCCUUGCAGCCCGGACCCGGUACUACACCCGCGUCAUCGAAAAUUUGCAUAUUUUACACUUGUGUAAGUUUGGAGGCCGCUGAUUGGCUAAUCGCGAAAACAAGAUGGCGCCAAUGGGCGGGGCUACAUUCGGCCGCUAUGUAGCUUCUAAGUGAGUUAAUGCAGUGUAUUAAUUAUUUAAACAUUAUUUUCUAGAAUUAAUCUAUUGUAUAUGAAUAUAUAAGUGCAUAGUGAUCCUGCAAUUAAACGUAUUCCUUAAAUUUCAUAUUAUAAAGUAUGAAACUGACUUGAAAGCUGUAAUCAGUCAGUUUAAUAUAGAGAAAUUAAUGUAAUGCUAUUAAUGUAAUGUUAAUCCUAACCGUAAAGUUAACACCAAGGCUUAUAGAUGGUUAUUUAAAUACAUAUUAAUAUUUUUAUUAAUAUUAUAAAUCCCGUUUACACGUGCUCUAAUCAGAGUGAGUGUGACGUUUUGUAACUUCCUGUUUGGACCUGACGGAAUCUGCACCUGAAGCGAAGACACCUGUGGUGUGAGGCUGUUUGAGACAACCAUUAUAUGAAAGCAGACACAUCAAAUGAUGGCUGAAGUGAAAAGGCGAAGGAGAAAGCCCAAGCCAAUGGAGGAGGCCGUACAGUUUUCACUUCUACAGAAAGACAAAAAUGGGCUUGAUGGCAGAUUCAUCAGUGAUUUUAAAGGGAGAGGCGUGUUCAGCUGUACUGAGUUUGAUAAAGGAGACUUCCUGCUGGAAUACAGAGGCGACCUCAUAAGCAAAGAAGAAUAUGAGCGGAGGCAAAGGAUAUAUCAUGAUGCACUUAAAGUUUUCAUGUUUGAGUUUCGCUACAACGGAAAACUCCUCUGUGUCGAUGCAGCCCGAGAUGACGGUUCUCUUGGGCGACUUGUAAACGACGACCAUAUUAACCCAAACAGCAGGAUUAGGACUAUCUCUGUGGAUGGAAAACCUCACUUAUGCUUAUUUGCGACAAGGAGCAUCUCUCCUGGUGAAGAGAUCACAUACGAUUACGGUGAUUCUGAGUGGCCAUGGCGAUGCACGGCUCAUAGUGAGGUUGAACCAUCCACUCACACUCUGUCCCGGUCAGAAGUCAGAGACCUAGAGAAGGCUCAUAGUGAGGUUGAACCAUCCACUCACACUCUGUCCCAGUCAGAAGUCAGAGACCUAGAGAAGGCUCGUAGUGAGGUUGAACCAUCCACUCACACUCUGUCCCGGUCAGAAGUCAGAGACCUAGAGAAGGUGGCUCCAAAGAAGGACCAGUUACCAUUGGAUCAGGACUGUGUUGAGAAGGCUCAUAGUGAGGUUGAACCAUCCACUCACACUCUGUCCCGGUCAGAAGUCAGAGACCUAGAGAAGGCUCAUAGUGAGGUUGAACCAUCCACUCACACUCUGUCCCAGUCAGAAGUCAGAGACCUAGAGAAGGAUGUCCAGUCCCUUCAUCGGUUCCUUGAGAAGACUGCACAUACGGCUUUUCAGAAACUAAAAGAGACGGCAUCUCCUCAAAGCUAUGCGGAACUGGCCAAAGCAACACUCGCCAGAAUCAUUGUGUUCAACCGCAGACGCUGGAGAGGUCUCUAA